AUGGAAGAAGAUCUCUGCUUUCCUCACCUUCUCAACAUCUCUUGCAGAAAACCAAAGUUUUCUGCCUCUCAUUUAUAUCCUGCCUAUAUAAUUUUGUCCUUAAUCUCUUUGAUGACUGCAGUUUUAAAUUUACUGGUUAUAAUCUCUGUCUCACACUUCAGGCAGCUUCACACCCCAACGAACUUCCUCGUGCUCUCUCUGGCUGUCUCAGAUUUUUUUGUUGGCCUCCUUUUGUUAUUUCAGAUUAUGCUUUUAGAUGGUUGUUGGUAUUUUGGUGAUGUAAUGUGUGUUCUGUUUGUGGUUUUAGGCAUAAUUAUAACAUCUGCCUCAAUAGGAAAUUUGGUGCUCAUUUCAAUUGAUCGCUAUAUAGCCAUUUGUGAUCCUCUUCUCUAUACCAGCAACGUUACUACAAAGAAAGUUCAGAUUUGUGUUUCACUGUGUUGGACCUCAUCAAUCUGUUAUGCUGUUGUUAUAUGCAAGGAAAACUUGAAACAUCCAGGCAGAUUUAAUACUUGUUUUGGAGAAUGUGUGUUUAAUAUAGGCUUCAUAGAACAAGUUUCUAGUCUUUGUUUUACUUUUGUUAUUCCCAUUACUGUUGUCAUCGUUCUGUAUAUGAGAGUCUUUAUUGUGGUUUUGUCUCAGGUUCGGGCCAUUCACACUCAAAAUGCAGCUAUCAAACACAAACAUCCAGGGAAAGUAACUGCUAAGAAGUCAGAAAUUAAAGCAGCCAGGACUCUUGGGGUUGUUGUGCUUGUGUUUCUUGUUUGUCUUUGUCCAUAUUUCUGUGUAACACUUGCAGGUCAGAACAGCUCAAUCAACACGUCUUCUGUGGUUUUUGUUGUGUGUCUGUUCUACUUUAAUUCCUUUCUUAACCCACUAAUCUAUGCCUUUUUUUACCCAUGGUUUAGAAGAUCUGUUAGACUUAUUUUUACUCUUCAAGUGCUCAAGACUGGCUCCUCUGAUUUAAAUAUGUUAUGA